CUCGAAACUUCUAAAAAUCUUCUCUCUACUCUCUCUGCAAUCUCUCUCUUUCUCUCUGUUGCAAUGUCGAAGAACGGUGCUAGAAACUGCUUAGGUUCAAUGGAAGAUAUCCGAAAAGUAUUCCAACGAUUCGACAAAAAUGGCGACGGGAAAAUCUCGAUCGACGAGCUAAAAGACGUGAUCCGAGCUCUCAGUCCCACGGCGUCGCCGGAAGAAACGAAAUCGAUGAUGAAAGAGUUGGAUCUCGACGGUAACGGAUUCAUCGACAUGGACGAGUUCGUCGCGCUUUUCCAGAUCGGAGACGGAAACAGCAACGGAAACGAUGCUCAAGAUCUGAAGGCAGCGUUUGAUCUGUACGAUCUGGAUGGUAACGGAUGGAUCUCGGCGAAGGAGCUUCAGUCGGUGAUGAAUAAUCUCGGCGAGAAGUGUUCGAUUCAGGAUUGUAAAAAGAUGAUUAGCAGUGUUGAUGUUGACGGUGACGGUUGCGUUAAUUUCGAAGAGUUUAAGAAGAUGAUGGUUCGCGGCGGAGCUUGAAAAACCGUUUCGGAAUCUCGCCGGAGAUUCGACGGUUAGGAUUCGUUAGUUUCUUUGGUUUUUUUUUUGUAAAUAUGAUAAUUAGGGGAUUAAACUAGGAGAAUCUUUUGUUUUGCUCUCUAAUUGAUCUGGAUUAAUGUACUAAUUCAAAAGAUUUAAUCGAUUUUUUUUUUUG